CAAAGAAUCCCAACGGGCCCCGCCUUCCAUUAUCUUCGCGCUCCUGAGAGGAGGAAGAAGCGCGCGCCCGAGACAGAGACGCUUCCCGCCAAUGGCGUUCUCAACCCCAUUCUCUCUCUCUCUGGCUCCGCACUGUCGAUCCUUUGCUUCCCCCUGCUCUGACGCUUCUCCUCUCGGCCUUUCUUCUCCUCGUCUCCCCACCUUUCCUCUUUCCCUUCCCCUAUCUUCACCCGCCAGUUGCUCUUCCGUCGCCGACCUCCGAGGCACCGGCAUUCGUCUCGAUCGUCCGCCACGUAGUCGACGUGGUGUUUGGAGGGUAUGCGCGGUUGCCAAGCACGAGCCCUUGAAAGUGAUGAUCAGCGGGGCGCCUGCUUCGGGGAAAGGAACUCAGUGUGAGUUCAUCGUCAAGAAGUACGGCUUGGUGCACAUUUCGACCGGUGAUCUUUUGCGGGCUGAAGUAUCUUCUGGAACGAAGAUUGGCGUGAUGGUGAAGAAGUUUAUGGAGGAUGGGCUCCUAGUUCCAGAUGACAUUGUGACAGAUAUUGUGAAGGCUAGGCUGUCGCGGCAAGAUGCAAAGGAAAAAGGGUGGCUUCUUGAUGGGUAUCCACGGACAUUGGCACAGGCACAAAGCCUUGAAAGUAGCAGUAUUCACCCUGACGCCUUUCUUUUGUUAGACGUUCCAAAAGAAGUGCUCAUAGAUAGAAGCGUUGGAAGGAGAAUGGAUCCCACUACUGGAAAAAUAUACCAUCUUAAGUACUUUCCUCCUGAAACUAUGGAAAUCUCAUCAAGGUUGAUUACUCGUCCUGAUGACAUGGAGGAAAAGGUCAAGGCACGUAUUGAAUCGUAUAACGAAAAUGUCGAAGCUGUAACAUCAGUAUAUGCAGAUCUGCUGAUAAAGGUUGAUGGGAAUCGCCCUAAAGAGCUUGUUUUUGAAUCCAUUGAUUCAUUGCUUAACAAAUUGAAGAGUGAUAAAUUAAAGAUAUUGAAUGAAGCAACCAUCGAUAGUAGUACUGCAGGCAUGGCUCCUUUGAGAAAGGAAAAUUGGAGAGGAAUCCCAACGAGGCUGAACAAUAUUCCACAUUCCAAAGACAUAAGAGAAUAUUUUUAUGAUGAUGUGCUACAAGCUACUCAAAGAGCUAUUGAAGAUAAACAAACAAGAUUGAAGGUGGAGAUUAACAUCCCAGAGCUUAAUCCAGAAAUGGAUGUUUAUCGCAUUGGCACACUUAUGGAACUAGUUCGAGCUAUUGCACUUUCAUUUGCAGACGAUGGAAAGUAUGUUAAGGUCUGCGUGCAAGGGUCUAUGGGAGAAGGAGCUCUUUCUGGCAUGCCAUUACAGCUAGCUGGAAGUAGAAGGAUUCUGGAAUUCAUGGACUGGGGUGAACAUGGUGCACUAGGAACAUUUGUGAACAUUGGAUCAAUAGGUGCUAAAGAUGUGAAUAAACAGGACGAUAUUUUUAUCAUUGUGGCUCCACAGAAUGCUGUUGGUAACUGCAUAAUUGAUGAAUUAAAAGCUUUGACUGAUGAGGCUGGUGAUCGUCCUGUUAUUUUGGUCAACCCCCGUUUAAAGGAUUUACCAAGUUCAAGUGGAAUAAUGCAAGUUAUGGGAAGAGAAGCAAGACUUGAGUAUGCAUCCACUUUCCAAAGUUGCUACCUUUUUCGGCUUUUGUACUAUGCAGGCACCUUAUAUCCUAUCAUGGGUGCACUUAGGAUGUCAUAUCCAUACAAAUAUGAACUGUAUAGAAGAGUUGAUGAGGGGUAUGGGAAGGAAAAAUAUGUCAUUAUCUCUACAUUUCCUGAGAGGCCUACGCCAUUACAAAUCAAUGAUGCAUUCGAGGGAAAGCAAAGAGACUCCAGAGAAACAACUUCUGGAUUUUGGGGUUUCCUAAGUAAUAUUUUUUGAUCUAUGAUAUGGACGGGCAGAGCUUGUGAGGAUGGACUUCUUUUACAAUGGAAGAGUUGUUUGUUGAGUUGGGGUACACAGGAGUCAGGACAAUCCUGUGGCUGUCACAGCGUCACGGUGACAGAAAAGCACAGCAUCAGGAAAAUAAAUGUGAAGUUAUUAUUUCCAAGUGUGCAUAUGUUUAUCUAGUAUUCUGUUAUUUUAUUGUCGGCAUAUUUAGACAAAAUGGGUUUUCCUUUUGUGUUAUAUUAUGAGCUGUGUUACAUGAACAUAUGCGUGUUUGUUAAGUCAACCGAGACACUCAGACGGAGUAGGACACUGUAGAUCCAGCAUGGGACAAAGGCAUCGUUUGGUCA